AUGUCGCCGGUACCAGAAGAUUUUGCUACAGAAGACGACAUAUGCAGCCAUAUUGACGCCCGCAUGCCCGAGAAUGAGCUCAAGGUUGUUCUUCAUCAGGAUUUCUGGCGACACCGACGAAGCUGCGUUCGCUGCGGUGGCCGCAACGAGCAAACAAGCCUCGCCUGGAAGAACGCAGUCUGCCCUCUUGAGCAUCUUAUCAAGCGACCUGCACCGAAGAAAGAGCCGAAGCCUGCUACACUACAGACUGCUACGAAACCGAAGAAAGCAGUCAUCAAGAAGAUACCAUCGGACGAAGAGCAGAUGGCCAAGGGACUUGUGAAGAUCAGCUACGAGGUCGACGAUGACUUUGAUGGUGCUGGAGGCCUCACUGGAGUCAUGCGCGAGAUCUGGGUGGAAGAUUUCAGUAAGGAAGAGUUGGUGGAGGUGGUUAUCGUUGAGGAAGAUGACACCAUUUACGAGCAUAUUGUCAUUUCCAAGAAAUAAAGGGAAAACAUGAGGUUUGAACAGUUCCUCACCAAAAUUGGGUGAGAAGAAGCUCUGAGCAUAUGCUGGUUUUCAUGAGCUUUGAGAUGUACUUAUUUGCGUUUAUGCUUUUCACAUCUGAGCUGUCUUAGAGGCCAAAACAGCAUUUCCACUCUUGAUAUCCUGGGAGUUCGCCUUAUCUUCAUAUUCCUUGCUUUCGCUUGCUGACUACGAUGAGCUCCCCAUGCAUAUCAACGAUCGCGAUAUGGUUUAGAUCAGGC